ACUCCUUUUUCUUUCAGUUGGAGGCACAUGGGCUUGAUAGCUUAUCGCAUUUUGACCUACAUGGAAGCGCAUCCAUGAGCUCAGAAAGCUGGAUGAAAAUGGCAAUGGAGGAACGAAUGUUGGCCAACAUUACUGCCUAUAUAAAAUUGGAGAGACGCCUAAUGAAAGUAAUAGAAGAGCAGGCUGAAAGUCUUCUGCAUGAAAAGCGGGACCUACACGGGGGCCUUCAAAACCUACUGGAACAAGUGACAGCCCUGAGGGCACAACUGGAGAACCUUGGAACCACCCUGGGCCUGAAUAUAGAGUCAGAUGAAGGCAUUGAUGAAGUCGAUAGAAAUUCAGUACCUAUGUUUGAGAGAAAGGUCAAAGGCUACCAUGUCCUGAGAGACCUGUCCACGUGGGCAGUGAGAAGUGUCAGGGACUUACGGAAGUUGCAGAAGGAGCAGAAGAGGUUGGCCAACAAGACUGAAAGACUCACUGAAGGGAAUGGUCAAUGAAGAACCUUGAGUGAGGGGAAUGAGAAGGUGCCUAAUGCCCUGUACACACGAUCGGUUCAUUCGAUGAAAACGGACCGAUGGACUUUUUCAUCAGAUAUC